AUGAACACACUCGCAUUCCAUAGAGGUUUCUGUACUGAUGCCUCCCACCUCAGCUCUUGUUCCCCCAUUUUAUCCAAAUGGGUCAUCAAAUUCAGCAUGAAUAUACCGUGGCUCAACCGACACAACAUUGCAUUCUCGGCGUCGAAGUUGGCGAACACUCUCUUAUUGAGACCAAGCUACCAAGAACUGUUGAAUCGCAACACACGGCAUUCAAAUCCUCUCCACGGACUCAAACGCAUGUCGAAGACCAGGAGAGGAGCUUGGGAACCUUCCGUAUGGCUGAUGCCUUCACAAGCACAACAACAAGCAACACAUGAGAAACGAAACAAAUCUGUCGGGCGGGCUAUUGAGAAUGCCUCAGUUGGGGUUAUAGAUAAUGUGGACAUCACACCCGCCUGCUCGUGCAUUUUGCAUCCAUCUGGCAUGAUAUUUGACCGCAGCGCACUAUGGGAGAGCUAG